AUGGACACACAAGCAGGAAUAUCUCAGAAGGACAUCUAAUGUUAUCCCCGGAUUGUGACAUAAAAGAUAAUGACAGUAGACCGGAUUCUCCAGGAGAUAACCCCAUUACCCCAAUUAUACAUCCAGCUCUAUCCGCUGAUCCCCCUGAUCCUGGGAAAUGUUCUCCUGAUCACUCUGAUAUUGGUGCAUCUGUUACAGCUCUGAGAGUAGAUACAGUGUUUCCCUGUUCUGUAGAUGCCAAAUGUUUUACACAGAACACAAACCGUAUUACUCAUCAGCCAGCUAAGGCAGGUGAGAGGCCAUUUCCAUGUUCUGAGUGUGGGAAAUGUUUUACAUACAAAUCACAUCUUGUUAUACAUCAGAGAAGUCACACUGGUGAGAUGCCACUGACAUGUUCUGAGUGUGGGAAAUGUUUUGCACGGAAAUCGCAUCUUGUUAUACAUCAGAGAAGUCACACAGGUGAGAAGCCAUUUUCUUGCUCUGAGUGUGGGAAAUGUUUUUCCCAGAAAUCAAAUCUUGUUCAACAUCAGAGAAGUCACACAGGUGAGAAGCCGUUUUCUUGCUCUGAGUGUGGGAAAUGUUUUUCCCAGAAAUCAAAUCUUGUUCAACAUCAGAGAAGUCACACAGGUGAGAAGCCAUUUUCUUGCUCUGAGUGUGGGAAAAGUUUUACACUGAAAUUACAUCUUGUUAGACAUCAGAGAACUCACACAGAUGAGAAUAUAUUUCCAUGUUCUGAGUGUGGGAAAUGUUCUGCACACAAUUCAGAUCUUAGAAACCAUGAGAGAAGUCACACAGGUGAGAAGCCAUUUUCUUGCUCUCAGUGCGGGAAAUGUUUUACACAGAAAUCACAACUUGUUACAUAUCAGAGAAGUCACAGGUGAGAGGCCAUUUCUAUAUUCUGAGAAAUAAAUCCGCUCUUGUUGCACACAAUAGACAUCACUCAGGUGAGGAACCAUUUAAUCUUCUGGAGUAUUCUCAUCAUUGCCAUGUGUUGUUCUUCAAGGUUCUUAUCCUAUCUCCUAUGCUUUUUGCAAUAUACAUGUUACCACUGGGUGAAAAAAUCAGAUGUCAUGUCCUCAUCUACCACUGCUAUACAGAUGACCUGUCUUUUGCUCCAGGUACUGAGAACCCAGUACCAAUCCUAAAUGGUUGUCUAGCUGAGCUCCAGGUGUGGGUGAUGCCAGUUGGCUGUGACGCAGUCCUGGUGAAACAGGUCCUUAUGAUAGAAGCUCACCAAUAAACGGCAGGGCUACAGCUCAGCUUUUCCUACCAACCAGACGCCACAUAACACCCAUUCUCUGUUCCCUCCACCAGCUGCCUGUAAGAUGGUGACUAUUACAUAAUCUUACUGACUCUCCCAGCACUACAUGACCAGGGUCCAAGGUACCAGAAGCAACUUCUGACUCCUUACUGUCCUACGUGCUUCCAUCUGCAGAUGGACUGUUACCAGCAAUACCAAGAAACCCCAAGCAGUGCUUAGAUGUCAGAGGGGAGACAGGGUGGGUGGCACUGUCUGGGUAAUAUUAUCCCCAAGCAGAGCUGAGGGGGUACUCAGGGUGGCUGGCAGUAGUGGGGACUGCAGGAGGCAGUGUCUGUGUGAGAAUCUUGUCCUCAAGCAGAGUUAAGGUGUCAGAGGGGGAGACAAGGUGGUGGAAGUAGUGGAAAGGAGACAGGGCGGGUGGCAGUAGUGAGCGGAGACAGGGCGGUGGAAGGAGACAGAGUGGGUGGCAGUAGUGGCCGGAGACAGGGUGAGUGGCAGUAGUGGGGGGGAGGCAGGGCGAAUGACAUUAGUGGAGGGAGGCAGGGCGAA